CGAGACUAGACGAAACCUUCCUGGCUCAAGCAGGACCCCAAACAUCGCCAUGCACGGCAAGAGCGUGGUCCUCCGCAGUUCCGGAAACCUGACGGCAGCCGAACUGGGUUGCCAAGUAUCCGAGAGGGAUACAGGACGGAAAGAGACCUUCUCCGCCGUAUGGAAAGACCUGUCGCUGAGCACCAGGCCCGAAGAAGGCUGGUGCUGGUCUGAGGCAGACAGACGGCGCCGGGAAACCUACCACCAGCAACAGGAGGCCCGGGUGGUGGUGCAGCUGUCUCCGUGGGGCAUCCUCCGUCUGGGGCUUCUGGGCGAACCCCUGGCCUCCUACCACCUGCCGUACCAGCGGGCCUUGCCUUUGCCCAUCUUCACUCCUGCCAAGCUGAGCGGCAAGGCCGAGCGGGAGCUGACGCCCACCCCCUCCGAGUCGGCGGAGUCGCUGCCAGCGACGGGCGUGUGCCUCGACAAGACGCCCCUGGUCGAGAUCACCAAGGAGUUGCCUCCCGUGGUCCAGCCCAGCCGCCCCGACUUCAGGAAAGCCGGCCUGCCCCGCUCCUUGUCCCGUUCCAUGUCUCAAGAGGCCCAGAGGGGGUGAAGCGGCGAA